AUUACUUUCGAUUUGUCCUAUCGUUGUUCAUUCGUCUUUUGUAUUGGAAAUGUGUUUUCUUGUGCAGUGUAUAUAUUAAUCAAUUCGAUAGUAGCCAAUGGUAGCUGGUAGCCAUUUGCAAUAAUUAAAAAAAUCUAAGAUAUUGCUGUAUUGGUCAUGUUGCUUCGAGGGUGACGAAAUUUAGUUCAAUCCUGUGAUCAUUCGCCAUUUAGUGGUCAGUGUCUUAAUUCGCAAUUUGAGCAACAAGAAAGUGAAAGAAUUCUUCCUAAUUUGAAUGAAAAGUAAAAAAGCAACGUCGACAUACAAAAGAAAAAGCAAACUUUUGGUUUACGUGAAAACGGUGAACACAACAUCUUAGAAAGCAACCUGUUGUCAAUACAAAACGCAUUUUCUAUAAUCGCUGGUGCUUUUAUUGAAAAGCUAUUAUCGUAAAAGUUAGAAUGUAUUUCUCCCCCAAUUAUAUUAAUGCUGUUCAGUUGACGUUUGUAAUCCAUCUUGCAAUGCUAUGGACAUUGCUUGAAGGUUUAUCUCUUGAUGAUAGUGCACAAGUUAGUUGUGAUAAGAAAUCUACUUUGCCUGGUUAUGGUCUUCUGGGUACUCAUGCACCACCAUCAGCCGCAAGUGGAAGUGUAUCAAUAAAAUCUGUAUUCAAUGAUACUCUCCUAUCUGUUAGUUUUCUAACAUGGAAAUACAAAUUGCAAGGUGUUUCUAUUAUAAAGACAAUGAGGACAGGAACUAGCUCGAACCUUAAUUGGCACUUUGCAAAAAUUGGUCUUCACAAGGUUGCAGUUGUAAUGAAGUUUUGAAGACAUUCUAGUCAUAAGGAAUAUGAGAUGUCGAAUUGCACUUAUGUUAAUGUCACUGAUUAUCUUUUGAUGCCCAUUGUGCAAGUAUCUACUUUGAAUGGAGUGUCAAAUGUUUCUGAAAAUGACACUAAAGUAUCUUUUGAUGCACCGGGCUUUGCUAACCUCACAGUCUUGAUGAGAACUACUGAUCCUUAUUUCGUUUGUAAACGGCUUGCAUAUUUGUGGAACUUUAAUGAUGGCAGUCACUUUUCUGGAAUGCACGUCACCCAAUACUACAAUAAGUCUGAUUAUUUUUCUGUUAAUUUGAAUGUAUACAAAGUCUUCGAAUUUGAAAAGAAUCGUCAGUUGGCUACAAAUUUCUCAUUGACAUUAUAUGUGAAAGAGGCAGAAAAGAAGCCCAAUGGCAGUGAUACAGCUAUUGACAUCACUUUGGUGCUGUCUAUAUUUAUUUUUAAUAUGUUGAUAAAUGAAGAUAUUGUAUAACUUGA